AUGGCGACCACCACCCCUCCCACUCCUCCAGGAGGUACUCCCGAAUCCGCAGAUGGACACGACGAAGAGAAGGCCGAACAAGAGGAUACCGUCAGCGAGCUUGCGUCUGAACAAACGGAACGCGCAAUCGUGCCUGCCACGCCCGCGUUCAGCGACCGCCGCCGGUCGUUCCUCAUCGACGUCAUCAACUCGACCGCACGGCCAAAGAUGCGGUUCGCGCCCACACCGCAUCCGCGACGCGUGGUCGAGGAGGACGAGGAGGGCGAACAGAGCGAGACGCCUGCCCCGGCAGCGCUGUUGAAUAGGCCCACCCCGGCGUUCACCCCGGGCGCGCGGCUGUUCGCGGGCAUCACACCGCGGCCUCGCGCGCGAGCGCGGCUUUCGCAUCCCCUCACCCAGGCUUGGACGGCGAACGCGCCGGUAGACGCGGCAUCGGAGGCGGACACGGCGUCUGUCUCGCCUUCCGCGGACGGUCUGUCCCCGUAUGACGACCGCGCGUCGGUGGCGUCGAGCGCGUCCUCGCACGACCUCACGACGAGGCCGUACGCGCGCGCGAACGCGAGCUUCGACCCGGUGAUGGGCCUCGCCGCGCAUGGGCACGGCGUGGGCAAGUUCAACGCGACGAAGCUGAACGCGUAUCUGCAUGGACUCAACCGCCGAUUGCAGCAGGAGAACGAGGCGCUGUUGGAGCGGUUGGAGAGGCUUGAGGGCGAGCAUGGCAGCGGGAGCGUUGUUUCGGCAGGGGGAGAAGCGAACGCCAGUGGAAGGCGGUUGAGUAUGGGGAGCGCGGGAAGCGCGGGAAGGCGGAGGGUGAGCGUCGGCGGGAGUAACCUGGGUGAUGUCGUUGAGGAGGAUAGGGAGAAGCUUGAGGAGGAGCGCGCCAUGCUGGAGGAGAUGGUGGAGGAGCUCAAGGAGGAGGAAACUGAACGUGCGCUGGAUAAGUGCCUUGCCGAGAAAGAGCAGCAGGGACGGGAGCUGGAGCAGGAAAGGGAGGCCAGGGCGCGGGACAAGGAACGGUGGAAGGAGCGUAUGGGCGAGGUGGAGCAAGGCGUGUCGGAGAUCGUGAAGGGUCUGGAGGCGAAGGUGGUGGUGGCGGAGAAGAAAGCCGAAGAGGAGGAGGAGGAGCGGAAGAGGGUGGUCAGGGCGUUGGAGAGGAAGCUCGCUGACUUGGAGGACGAGAGGGAUCAGGCGGUUCAGAGGGCGGAGAAGGCGGAUGUGAUGCUGAAGCAAGGGAAGGACCUUGGCGGAGAGUUGGCCGAGGCGAAUGAGAGGAUAGCACAGCUGACGGGAGAGCUUCGAAGUGCUAGUUCGCACAUCAAGGAUCUGGAAGACGAUAUCGAACGCGCUGAACACAAGGUUGAGGCCAUGCAGAAAGACAUGCAGCACGAACGUCGGCUGAUCGCUGAGUUGGAAGAUGAGGUGGAAGCCAAGUCCAACGACAUUAAGAGCAUGCGGCAACGCCUGGAGAGGGCGGAGGAGGCCAAGGAAGAGCUACGCAAGACCAAAGCUUACAUCGCUGAGGUUCUAAACGAUGCCGCCGCCGCCGCCGACCGCAUCGAGGCCCUUGAACAUGAUCUCGCUGCCACCCAGGAGAAGCUCGCUGAAGCUGAAGAGGUCCUGGACGAAGCCAACGAGAAGAAGGAUGCGAUGGAGAUCGAGGCCGAAAGGGCGAACGAACUUGCGCGCCAGAUGGAAGAAGCACUCGAGGCUGCGGAGGAGAGGAUCCGGACGGACGAGGAAGAUGUCGCUUCUUUACGCACAAAGAUCGCCUCGCUCGAACGGGAGAUUGAGCGACAGCGAGAAGAGUCUCGGGCGUUCGCAGAUCCCUCCCGGACCAAGGCCGGACUUGACGAUCAGCGGCAAGCGGAGAUCGACGCCCUGGAGAACGAACUGGACGAGGCGAACCGGGAGAUUGCGAGACUCAACACGGUUCUUAGCCAAUCUCCUGCCCGAAAGGCAAUCGACAAGGCAAAGGACGCCAAGAUUGAGGUGCUCGAAAAGGAGAAGGAGGAAUUGCUCGAGAGGGUCAAGAGCCUGCGCUCGGCAGCGGCGGUCGGGGCGAGCACACCAAAUAGACUGGCUAACCUCAGCACGAUAUCUCCGAUGCAUCGGCACGCUUUGUCUAUGUCGAUCCACUUCCCUAAGACACCUGGUGGCCCAUUGCGGGAUCUUACCUGGUUGAACCAAACCACUCACGACCCUGCCGCGGCACCAUUGUUGGCAGAGAUCGCUCGGCUUCAAGCAGAACUUGGGCGUGCCAAUGAGAGCAUCGACGAUAAGCUCGACAAGCUUGAUGACGCCGGUCAGGGCGUCGUCGGCCUCACAAGGAAGCUCGAGGAUGCCCGGGCUAAGAUCAUUGCUCUGGAGGAAGAGAUUGCCCGGCUCUCUCGGAGAGAAGACCGCAGGAUGAAACGACUCGAACGCGCUAGGUGCACGAAGUGCCGAAGCAAGGUUGAUUUGAGUGGUCUUGGUCGGGCGGCUGUCGGUGACGAAAGCUCGCUGGAUGUCUCCACCGUCACACUCCCGUCGGACCCGGCUACGCCUCCUACAAGGACGAGCGAAGCAUUGAGAGCCGAUCUUCGUGCGGUGAACGCUGAGCUAUCGACCCUAAAGGCCAACUGGGAGAGCGAGAGGCGGCAUCUUCUCGGCGAGAACGCCGUCCUCAAGGAUGCAACCAACAAGCUCAACUCUCAGAUUCGCGACGCGAAAGCCGAAGCGAAGAGGGCUGCAGAAGGCGUCAAAUCACGCAUGGGCAUCGAAGGGGAACUUGAUGACGCUCGGCGUAUGAUUGCCGCGCUGGAAGCCGAUUUGCAGGAGGAACGAGCGCGCCUGCGCAGGCUGGCUACGGACAAGAGCAAAGCCGAGCGCGAGAAGGAGGAUAUCCUACUUCAAGUCCACAGAGUAGAAUCAGACAUGGAUGCUGUCAAGGAACAGUUGCAGCGAGCGAAGCGCCAGAACCACGACCUUGAGGCCGACUUGCGAGCCAACACGAACGCCGAGCAGAAAGUGCGAUUGCUGGAAGCCAGAGUCGCCGAGAACGCUGAUGUUAUAGAGCGACUGCGCGACGAGCGAUCUUUACUGGCCAACGAUCAUAAACAACUGCAGCAGCGCUACGCUGAGGUUUCGAAGAGUGUGAACAAGCUCCGAGGGGAGUAUGCCGCGACCCAGUCAAGCCAUGAAGGUCGUCGCCAGCAACUGGAUGAUCAUCUCCAUGAGAUCGAAGAACUACGUCGUUUGCUCUCUCAACAAGCGGACGAAUUGCACCGGGCUCAGCAGGAGCAGGACAGGAUCGCUGUAGAGAAGAACGACGUUGCGCGAACUGUUGCGAACCUUGAAGCGGACCUCAGGCGCGUGAAGCGCGAUGCCGAGUCACUAGGUCGUGACCUCAAGAUCCUCAGGGCGGAGAAAGAUAAGGGUGAGGCCCAACAAGUGGAGGAGGUCACCAAAGCGCGGAGAGCCUUGAAGCAAACUCAGAGCGAACUGAGAAUCGUCACCGAGCAACUGGAACGCUACAAGGAGAAGGCGACUGCGGCACAGGACCGUCUCAGAUCCCAUGUUUGCGCGGUGGACGACAAGCAGAUUGCGAACUUACGCCUUCAACAUAACAAGGAGUGCAAGGGUCUCAUCGUACAGAUUCGGUACCUCAAAGCCAAGUUUACAAGGGAGGCUUCCCUGCGAUGUGACCUCAUUUACCAGAAACAGUACCUUCUCGUUCUCCUCUCACAGCAUACGAAGACAGAAAAGAAGGUAUUGGCCGCGAUAGCAAAGAUAGGCUUCGCGGUCCCUCCGCCUGCGAGGCGGAAACGUUUGUCGCUUAAGGGCGCCGCGUCAGCAAUUAUGUUCCUAUCACGAGCAAAGCGUGCAAGUGACUCAUGGCGGGAACAGAGUGCAACCAAACAGGCCGUAGCUGCGGCCCUCCAGGAGGUGCGAAGAAAGAGGAUAGCCGCUUCAUAA